AUGACUGCAGAACAAGUCAUUUCAUUUAACUCGCUGCACCUACCCUCGUUCAGGUCAAUCUGUCGACCACCUCCCUCCAUCCCUCUCACCUCCACAACGAAGCGAAAGCUUCUCGAGGGUGAUACAAAGAAAAGACCGGGGCCUCCCCCUGAGCCAACCCUGUCAACGGUCGAUAUGCGCUUCAUGCCGUGCGCGUUCGCCUCAUUUCUGGCCUUGCGCGGUGGCCAGCUUGGCUUGGCCGCUGCUACUCCUCCGAGGAAUGGCAGCAUCGCAAACAGCCCUCCUGAGCCGAGACCUGAUGGGAAAAUCACCCCCAAGAUCAUGAUCGUCAGCAUGUUCGCCCCCGAAGCCCAAGUCUGGUACGACAACAUGCCCCCCAGCAGCCACGGCAACCUCCUGGCCGUCAACAUCACCAUCCCCGGCCUCUCCCCACGAUACCCCCACGUUCACUGCAGAGAAGACCUCCAAGUCUGCCAGGUGACCACCUGCGAAGGCGAAAUCAACGCCGCCUCGUCGGCCAUGGCCCUCCUCCUCUCCCCCAAGUUCAACCUCACAAAGACAUACUUCCUCCUAGCCGGCAUAGCAGGCGCAAACCCAAAGUACUCCACCAUCGGCGGCGUAGCCCUGGCGCGGUACACUGUCCAAGUAGCCCUCCAAUACGAAUUCGACGCCCGGGAGAUGCCAGACAACUUCACGACGGGGUAUGUUGCUUAUGGCACCACGCAGCCGGAGGAGUAUCCCAAGAUUCUGUACGGGACAGAAGUGUUUGAGGUGAGCAACGCGCUGCGGGACGCGGCGUUUAACUAUGCCGUCAGGGCGAAUUUGAGCGAUAACGAGGACUCGAAGAAGUACCGGGCGAGGUAUAAGCCGGAGGGGAAGAUUUUUGCCAAGGCGUCGAGCGGGCCAGAGGUGGUCAAGUGUGAUACUGUCACGAGCGAUGUUUAUUACUCGGGGACGUUGCUGAGCGAGGCGUUUGAGAGGACGACGGGGGUUUGGACGAAUGGGACGGGGAGGUACUGCAUGACGGCGCAGGAGGAUAAUGCGGUGCUGGGUUCGUUGGUGAGGAUGGCGGUUUAUGGGGUUGUGGACUUUUCGAGGGUUGUUGUUAUGAGGACUGGGUCUAACUUUGAUCGUCCUCCUCCUAACGUCACUGCCUAUGAGCAUUUGCUUGUUCUCAAGCAGAAUGGCUUCGAGGUUGCGAUUCAGAAUCUCUAUCUUGCGGGGAUUGAGAUUGUGAAUGGGAUUCUGAAGGAUUGGGGGGCGGUUUUUGACAAGGGGAUUAAGCCUUGCAAUUAUAUUGGUGAUGUGCUUGGGUCUUUGGGUGGUGAACCAGAUUUUGGUCCGGGGAGUGAGACGAAGGGGGUGGGGUUUAGGCCUCCUGGGAACAGCACGACAAGAGCAAUAGUAUAG